UCUCCUCCCUCCUCCCUCAUCCUCAAUCUCCAACUCCUUUACUUAAAACCGUCUAUUUCUUUCUCUUGAAAUUCUGAAUCUUGAAUCUUGAGCUCUCUGUGGCUCUCCAAUGGCGGCAAACACUCUGCAAACUGCCCCUCAUCACCACCAUAACAAUACUCUCUUCAAGCCUACUUCUCCUCCUCCACCACUCUCCUCUUCUCUUUUCCUCAAACCCACUUCUUCUUCUUCCUCUGUAAUUCUCUCUGCAACCACCACCACCACAACCUUUUCUCUCUCCUCCGCCGCUGCUACCUCCACCACCAUCUCCUCCUCCCAAGCAAUUACCUUCGACCUCCUCGAGCAACACUUGUCUGCUCAAAAUUUCCGGCAAGCUGAUGAGGAGACCCGGCGGCUACUCAUCGUCCUCGCCGGAGAAGCGGCACAGAAGCGCGGCUACGUCUUCUUCUCCGAGGUACAAUUCAUCCCAGAAACUGAUCUAAAAGCCAUUGACGAGCUAUGGAAGCAGUACAGCAACAACAAGUUCGGAUACAGCGUGCAGAGGAGAAUCUGGGAGAAGGUGAACAGGGAUUUCACAAAGUUUUUUCUCAAGGUCGGGUGGAUGAAGAAGUUGGACACUGAAGUUGAGCAGUAUAAUUACAGAGCUUUUCCGAAUGAGUUCGUGUGGGAACUUAACGAGGAGACGCCGGAAGGACACCUGCCGUUGACGAAUGCUUUAAGAGGUAUCCAGUUGCUGAACAGGGUUCUGAGUCACCCGGCUUUUCAAGCCGUAGAAGAAGAAGAAGAAGAGGAAGAAGAAGUAGUUGGAAGAAUCGAAAAUGGAGUAAAGGGUUUGAUAGAUGGGUCUGGUAAGAAGCCAUUAAGUAACAGAGUGUUUAAAUCAGACUACAGCUUCUGACAAUGGAAGCUCUAAGAAUUUUAAGGAAUUGCCCAUCACAUAUACAA